CAACCAAAAUGGCUGUAAAUGCACAUUUUUACAUUUUUUGAAUUUAAAUAAAUUGAAAUUGCAUUUUUCUAAUAAAUGAAACAAAUAAUUAAAUUAAAAUAAAUGAAUACAACAAAUAAAACUUAAAUUAUAAAAGUUGGAUGACUUGAUUGUACUUUUCUUUAACAAAGACAAAAUAAAACACAAUGGCGAAUGCUAAAAAAGGUGGAAAAGGAAAACUUGCAAAAAUGACUGAAGAAGAAAAACUUCUCCACAUAGAAAAAAUUUCAAUUGCUGCUGAAAAUAAAAGAAAAGAGAGUGAAGAAAUAGCAUUAAAACAAUUAAAAGAGAAACUUUUACAGGAAGAAAAGAACACAAAAAUUAACUCUUUAAAACUUCAAUCGCAAUGGAGAGUUAUUAUGAGAGAAGCGAAAUCUUCUGAGUUAAAGAAAGAUAUUGAGGUUUUGAACCACACAUUUGAUAGAAUAGUUGAUCAAAAAGAUUCUAUUAUUAAAUCGUUACUUAAAGAUAUUGAAGAAGCUGAAGAUCAACACCAGACUGCAAUUAAAAGUCAUCUUUAUAACUUACAGAAACUUUUAGAGUUUCAAAGUGUUCGUUUAUUACAAGCUGAUGAGGAUUUCGCUAAAGAGUUUGAUGCUCUUAAUGAUGAGUUUAAAAAGGAAAGAACUAAUUUGAUUGAACAACACGCAAAAGAAAUGGAAGAGAUGGCAGACAUAUUGUUUACUAUGGAACAUGACUUUGAAGAAGCUGAAUCAGAUGCUCGUCAAGAAUUCCAUAGCUUAUAUGACGAAGUUAAAAAUAAGAAUUUAGAGGAAAAGCAUGCUUUAAGAAUACAGUUGGAAGGUCAAGUUGAAGAGCUGUGGAAGAGUUUUCAAACAGCUUUAAAAAACUAUAACGACCAAACAGAGGAACGCAAAAAUGCUUUUGAAGCAUUGAAAAUAAAAGAUGAUAGAAACACACAAGAAAUGGAUAUGCAGAUGAGGAAAAUACAAAGAAUUCAGGACAGAAUAAGUCAAGUCAAGGCUAAAAUGGCUUCAAUUACAAAAGAAUAUGAAGAAAAAAAUAGAGUUAUUAAAGAGGAACGAGAAAGUAUUGCUCAUCAGUAUCAUCAACUUAAAGAUCAAAUGAAUAAAUUUAGAGAAAAGCAAAGAUCUGAAUUAACAACGCUUAUUAUUCAAAGUAACUCAGUUAUCAAAGAGCUAGAACGAAAGAAAGAAAAGGGUGAAAAGAUAUUAAAGCUUGCUGAAAGGUGUAGGAAAUUAGAGACAGAAGAAGAAAAAAUUCUUCCAUUUUAUUCUACUUCAUUGAAUGUAUUAGAAGAAAAGCAAGUAGAGGAGUUCAAUCAGGAAAAACCCUCAGAACCUCUUGCAGAGCUUUUUCAUGAAUAUUCAUCUUUGGAAAACUUUUGGAAAAGAUACAAUAAAGUGCUACUUGACAAAAUAGCUUUAAGUAAUGAGAAAAAUGCACUAUGUCAAGAAAAUCAACAACUGAAAUCGCUAUUAAAACAAUAUUUAGAUGGAAUAUCUGUGAAUGACGAAAUUCUAACAAAAGCAAACCCCUUAUUUAUAAUAAACAACAAAACGAACGUGAGUUUGGCUGUACCCGUGACUGAUACAAGAGUUCAAUAUAAACGUCCGGUAACAGUUAUCGAGGCUUCUCAUAUUGUUAAAAAUAUUGUUUGAAACCAUUCAAAAAAAAAAAAAAAUUACAUUUCGGAAAACGUUUUUAGAAUAAAAAUGCUGCAAUUAUAA